AUGCAAUACACUAAACCCGAUUUCCACGAAACCAAGAAGCGUCUCCCAGCUGCCGCUAACUCCGCCGCCGACGACGAUGCGCCGCUUUUAUCGGAUGACGAGAUUGAGCCCUCCGACACCCUCGACGAUGUCAAGUCCAAGAUCCAGGACAAGGAGGAGUUUCCUCUGGACCAGCAGUACCAACAGUAG